AUGGCGUCGACCACCGAUUUCACCAAAUCCCUGUUUUCUCCUUUCUCCUCCCAUGGAAAUGCGAGCUUGAAUCCCCAGAGAAAUUGUAGACAGACCGCGACAUGGCCGAAUCAGCAAAAGUCUAGAAAUGGUUACAGGUCCCUUCGUGUGAAUGGAUUGUUCGGAGGUGGAAAGAAAGAUAAUAGUGAGGAUGGUCAAUCAAAGGCAGGGAUUUUUGGUAACAUGCAGAAUAUGUAUGAGACUGUGAAGAAAGCCCAAAUGGUUGUUCAAGUGGAGGCUGUACGUGUGCAAAAAGAACUAGCUGCAGCAGAAUUUGAUGGUUAUUGUGAAGGCGAGCUUGUCAAGGUUACGUUGUCAGGAAACCAACAACCCAUCCGUACCGAUAUAACCGAGGCAGCAAUGGAAUUAGGUUCCGAAAAACUUUCACAACUGGUCACAGAAGCGUACAAGGACGCACACGCCAAGAGUGUGUUGGCUAUGAAAGAAAGAAUGAGUGACCUUGCGCAGAGCUUAGGCAUGCCACCUGGCCUUAGCGAAGGACUAAAGUAA